UUCGCUCCUCUGUCCGGUUUGAGGCGUUCAACAAGAAUAUGGUGCCGCACGAACCCUAUUCCAUGGCCCAAUCCCAAAAUCCAAACCCAAUCCUAUCGAAAAAUGGCCAUAUCAACAAACCGCAAGCUAGAUCUCGGCCGCAAUGAGUGGCCCUGUCAACAUUACUCCUCCUCCUACGGCCAGCCAUACCCUCCGCGUCGCCGCUGCCACUGCCGCCGCAGGAGACGCCGAUCAAGCUGCGCGCAUCCUCCUUGCCCGCCAUCGUGCUCGCCCCUCACCCCCCGAUGCCUUCUCCGUCAACACCAUUCUCAAAAUCCUCUCUUUCUCCCCUUCACCCCGCCGCAGCAUCCCUUUCUUCUUCCGCAUGCUUGUCGCCGGCUUCUCUCCGAACUCGUUCACCUUCCCUUGCAUUGCCGCUGCGGCCGCCCGCUCUCCGGAUCUCACUGACGGUGAAAUCUCCCACGCCCAAGCCCUAAAGCGUGGCGCCACCACUGCUUCCGUCCAUGCGGGCAACGCUUUCAUCACCAUGUAUGCUGCAUGUGGCCUUGCUUGCAGUGCCCGUGCUCUGUUUGAUGAAAUGCCGCAGAGGGAUACCAUCUCCUGGAAUGCAAUGGUUGAUGGCUACGUUAAGGUGGGUGACCUCGCAAGCGCUCGUGAACUGUUCGAGAUAAUGCCUGAAAGAAAUGUUGUGUCUUGGAAUGCUAUGAUUAAUGGGUACUUGAAAGGAAGGCGGCCGCAGUUUGGGCUGAAACUUUUUAGAGAGAUGAUGCUUAGUGGAUUUACAGCGAGCAUUACGACUUUGGUGACCAUGGUGACGGCUUGUGGGCGUUUGGGUGCGAUCAAGGAUGGAAGGUCGGUCCACGGGCAACACAUUAGGAAAUUUUCUGAUCAAAAUUUAGUUUUUGGGACAGCGUUGGUGGACAUGUACUGUAGGUGUGGGAAGGUGGAAAUUGCAAAGAGAGUGUUUGAUGUGAUCAGUGAGAGGAAUUUGGUUUGUUGGAAUGCAAUGAUUCGGGGGCAUUGUAUUCAUGGUUCUCCAAAAGAUGGCAUCGCAUUGUUCCUAGAAUUUGUUUCAGGUGAACAAUCAACAGGAAUCUCUCCUGAUGAAGUUACUUUCAUAGCAGUUUUGUGUGCUUGUGCCCGUGCGGAGCUUUUGGAUGAUGGGAAAAAAUAUUUUAACCAAAUGAUAAGUAUUUAUAAUCUCAAGCCAACAUUCGCUCACUAUUGGUGCAUGGCGAACAUAUACCGAAGCCUAGGAUUCAUUCAUGAAGCAGUGCAACUACUAACAAACAUUCCAGAAGAAACUGAGUCUUUGAUUUGGAGUGGCCUGCUUGGACUCUGCCGAUUUCAUGGUGAUAUUGAACUUGGCGAAAGAAUUGCAAUGAGAUUAAUGGAAUUGGAACCGGCCAAUAUCUCAGCGUACACAUUGCUACAGAACAUCUACGUUGCAGCCUAUAGAUGGGAGGAUGCUCGUAAGGUAAAAUACCUGGCGAAGGAAAGAAGAGUCAGGUUGAAGCCUGGUCAUAGGCUUGUGGAUUUGAAUGAACUUGUUCAUAAUUUUAAAGUUGGAGAUAGGUUGCAGCCAGAGAUAGAUAAAAUAUACAUGAUGAUGGAUGAUUUGGCCUCAAGAAUUAAGUCAGCCGGUAGUGAGCUAGAUUGUAUUAAAAGUGGCCAGCAUUAGAAUGUCAUGAUGGCAAGCUGAAUCGUUUUUUCUUCACCUGCUGGCCUCAGAGUUUUCACUGUGCUGAAGUUUAAUUGGCGAGGAAGGUCAGAUGGAAGUACUUUUCUUCAAGUCCUACAUUGCUCUGAAAAAAGAAAUCAUUACAUAAUUAUCAUGGAUCACAAGUUCUGAUUGUAAUCAUAAUCAGAGGUUGCAUGAAUCUCAAAGCGCUUCAAAGAAACUGCAGAAUACAAUUAAUCCAAAACUAAUUGUGCAGUUCCAUAAGAUUGAGCUGAGCUUGAUUUCAGGCCUGUUCAUGCCGGUGGCUGUGUUUGAGCUUGGGUUGGUUCUCUGCCAUCACGUUUAGCAUCUUAACAUUUUUAAACGGCCAUAAAGAUCAGCUGGUGUAACCAACAAUUCCUUUUUGUUCUGGCAUUGUUAGUUUUACUCAGGGCCUUCUUCUGGCUAAAAUAUUUCUGCUGGCUGGGGUUAAGGGAAAUAAAAUGCUCAACGGAGGCUAUGGCCUUAAGAGAGAUGGAGCUAACGUCACCAUGAAUUUUGAGCUUGGCUGGUGGAAACUGCCCUACAGCUUCGAUUGAUUUGGUUUAGGAUUUUUUUUUUCAUAGGUUAUUCGAGAAAAAAUUACGGUUCCAACAUUUUCCUAAGUGAUAGGAGAAUUCGAACCCAAGUGUCCAUAUUCUCAAAACUUGAAAUCUUCCAAUAUUUGGGGAAAUUUGCCCUUUGCAGAUAAUGAUGAUGCUACCAAUUUUCUACAGAAAAUGAAU